AUGACGGAGGGUUGUGUUAGCUCAAUUCGGACCUUGAAAAUAACCUCUGCUUCUACCAUCAUUUCAGUGUGUAACUGCAACAGGCUGCUCUGUGAUAUGCAUCUGUCUAUGAAGGGCCCGUGCGCAAGGUGUAAUCGAGUGAAAGAAACGAACACACGUUGUCCAGAAUACAGAUGGAAGAAAUUAUGUGGCUUGCCGUCAUCAAUCAAGUGCGCCUCGACCCCUAACUGUGUACUCCCAACAUGGAUUAUGGACGGAAAGGAUGACUGUGGAGACGGCAGCGAUGAAGAAUCCGCAAUGUCAUGUGAGAGGGGACAAUUUCGAUGUAUAAGCGGCGAAUGUAUAGAUGGAGAAUUGGUAAUGGAUGGGAAAAACGACUGCUUCGACAACAGCGAUGAAGGUAAGGAUGAAGUGACCUACUUUGUUACAAGAACACAUAGUCAAAAGCUCCAUGAAAAAAAAAGGUUUUUAGCAACGCUUAUAUUUCGCGAUUCUGGAGCUUUUUCACAUUUUUUCUGA